GGGUGGGCGAUGCUUCCGAAGGCCCCUUCUCUCUUGCAUUCCCCGUGUCUCCCCGUUCAUUUUCACGAGACUUGUCGGAUUCUAGCCGUGUGCCGUCCGUGCCUUCGUUGUCCUCGCUUGUCGUCGUGCUAAUCACCUCUGCACCCUUGCUGGGGUUUGUGUCUCCUCUCAGUCAGCACAAGAGUCAUUGCUCUUGAUCAAUCAGAUGGAGCAUGGUAGCCUAAACAGCUGGAUAUGGGAUGGAGUGUAUUACCACCCACAUCUUUUUGGUGGACUCAUGCUGACAGCGGCUAUGCUUGGCUUGUCUACAAGCUAUUUCGGAGGCAUCGGGGUUCCGUCAUUGCCAUAUUUGUGGUCGGAUGUGGGCAUUUUCCACAAGAAGAAGCGCGGGAAGAAGCGCGUUCGUGUUUACAUGGACGGAUGCUUUGAUCUGAUGCAUUAUGGACAUGCUAAUGCCUUGAGGCAAGCAAAGGCCUUGGGGGAUGAAUUGGUGGUGGGAGUUGUCAGCGACGAGGAGAUCAUAGCCAAUAAGGGUCCCCCAGUUUUGUCCAUGGAAGAGAGGCUUGCACUUGUUAGCGGGUUGAAGUGGGUGGAUGAAGUUAUACCAAAUGCUCCUUAUGCAAUAACAGAGCAGUUUAUGAAGAGUCUUUUUAAUGAGCAUAAAAUUGACUACAUUAUCCAUGGCGAUGACCCUUGCCUGCUCCCAGAUGGAACAGAUGCUUAUGCCUUGGCAAAGAAAGCCGGACGUUACAAGCAGAUCAAACGCACUGAAGGUGUCUCCAGCACAGAUAUUGUAGGAAGGAUUCUUUUAUCUUUAAAGGAUACAGAACGCGACAAUUCUUCUUUAAACGGAGAGCACCAUGAAUCUAUAUCAGAGGAUGCCCACAUUUCCCAAUUUCUACCAACAUCCCGCCGCAUAGUACAAUUUUCGAAUGGAGAGGGUCCCAGUACAAAUGCUCGUAUUGUUUACAUCGACGGUGCAUUUGAUCUCUUUCAUGCUGGACAUGUUGAGAUCUUGAAGAGAGCCAGACAACUCGGGGACUUUCUCUUAGUUGGUCUCCAUACUGACCACACUGUGAGUGAACACAGAGGGAAACACCACCCGAUCAUGCAUUUGCAUGAGCGCAGUCUCAGUGUUCUAGCUUGUCGUUAUGUUGAUGAAGUCAUCAUAGGUGCACCUUGGGAGGUCUCAAAGGACAUGAUAACAACAUUCAAUAUAUCCUUGGUUGUGCAUGGCACAAUUGCUGAGUCCAAUCCUUUGUCUCCUGUUGGAAUUGAUCCAUAUGCUGUCCCUAAGUCAAUGGGAAUUUUUCAGUUGCUUGAGAGCCCAAAUAGCAUAAUUACUUCUUCGAUAGCCCAAAGAAUUGUUGCAAAUCAUGAGGCUUACUUGAAACGCAAUGCGAAGAAGGCACAGAGUGAGAGGAAAUAUUAUGCAGAGAAGAAGUAUGUAUCAGGCGAUUAGCUUGGAUUAUCGAUUUUGGUGGUUAGUUCAGUUGUCCACACCUGCCAACCUUAACCAUUUUAAGGAUGCCUAUUGUUAUUAAAGAUGAGAGAUGUAGUUAGCACAUAUCUAGAUUUGUGUACCCAAAGAUGAAGAGAUGCAAUCAACACGUACCUAGAUGAUAGGAGAAUAGAAGACUAUACAACAUUUAACUUUUGUCCGCACUUCAAUCUUCAGUGUUUGUUCAUCUUGUUGUAACAAUAUUCAGAGCAGAGACAACAUAUCAAAUUGAUCUGAUAAUUCAUUUUGCAUAUUCAUGGUCA